AUGCUUUGUCACGGCCUCUCUCCCCGGUCCCUUUUUUUCAGCCAUAUAUAUACCCCAGACUUGCAUUUUCCACUCCCCAUGUACAAAGCACUACUCCGUCAGAUGAGUACCAAAAAACCAGUCACACAGCCGGCUUGGCACAUGCCCUCGGCACAGACGCCGCCCGUGUUGCGCAUCAACAACUCGCUCACCCGCAAGAAGGAACCGUUUGUGCCCAUUUCGCCCUCCAGGGUCUCGUGGUACUGUUGUGGUCCAACGGUGUAUAACCACUCCCACAUGGGCCAUGCUCGGAACUACGUGUGUUCCGAUAUUUGUAGAAGAAUCUUGAAGGACUAUUUUGGAUACAACGUGUUGUUUGUGCAGAACGUGACCGAUAUCGACGACAAGAUCAUCAUUGCCGCUAGACAGCAGUACCUUUUCGAGGAGAAACUCGUUAAGAAGCACCAGGAGUUGGAUGCAGCCUUGGUGGAGGAGGGGAAGCGGUUUGUUUCUGCUUAUGCACAGGCCAAUUUGGCCGGUUUUGAGGGCGAAUUGGCCGACUUGGUCCCAUUCAUGGACAGCCUCGAUGUGCCCGCCUUGAGCGCUGCUGUGCCCAAAUUGCCCAUGUAUGUAGCUGCGCUUAGAAAGGCGCAUGAUGUAGUUUCUCGCGCCGCUCAAAACGGCGCCUCGUUGGCCGAGUUCAUGGCUGCCAUUGAGGACGUCGCCGUGCCAUCCUUGGAUAAGGAGUUCGGCCACACCGUCACCGAGCCCGAGAUUUUCAAGAAGUUGCCUGCGUUCUGGGAGGAUAAGUUCAACAAGGACAUGGAGCGCCUCAACGUUCUUCCACCCUCUGUGACCACCCGCGUGUCGGAGUACGUUCCUGAAAUCGCGGCCUUUGUAGACCAAAUCAUCUCCAACGGGUUCGCGUACGCCACCGACGAUGGCUCCGUCUAUUUCGACACUGUCAAGUUCGAGAACCACCCGGACCAUGACUACGCCAAGUUGCAGCCAUGGAACAAGGGCUCUUUGGAGCUUAUCGAGGAGGGCGAGGGCUCGCUUUCCACCCAGACUCUGAAGAAAAACGCUGCCGAUUUCGCCUUGUGGAAGGCUUCCAAGCCUGGUGAGCCAUCGUGGGACUCCAAAUGGGGCCCAGGCAGACCCGGCUGGCACAUCGAGUGUUCUGUCAUGGCCUCCGAUAUCCUUGGCUCGACCAUUGACAUCCACUCUGGUGGUGUUGACUUGUGUUUCCCCCACCACGACAACGAGCUUGCCCAGAGUGAGGCAUACUUCGAAAACAAGCAAUGGAUCAACUACUUCAUGCACAACGGCCACUUGCACAUCCAGGGUCAAAAGAUGUCCAAGUCCUUAAAGAACUUCAUCACCAUCGAGGAGGCUCUAGAAACAUACAGCGCCCGUCAGCUUCGAUUGGUGUUUGCCUUUGGCUACUGGGAUAAACCAAUUGACUUCAAGGACUCGUUGGUCAAGGAAGUGCAAUCCUUCGAGUCUACAUUGGCCAAGUUCUUCACCACUAUCCGUGCGUUGAACGCCGACUACAGACACUCUGUCUCUGAGGGCAAGUACGUGUCGCUCAAAUUGAGCGAUGUCGAGAAGGCGCUCUUGGUUCAAUUGGAAACUGCCCAGGCAGACGUACACGCUGCUUUCUGUGACAAUCUCUCUACACCUGUGGUAUUACGUGUGAUUGGAGAUUUGGUUUCUAAGGCCAACACUUAUAUUCAAGGCAGUGCCACUGGCCAAAAUGAGUUACGUAUCGAGGUCUUGCUCGAAAUUACUCGUUGGAUCGUCAAAAUUCUCGACAUUCUCGGUUUUGAGGCCAGACCAGACAAGUUGGGCUGGAUGGACUCGGAUGCCUCUGACUCUGCCGGCUCAGCCUCCAAGGAAGAUGUAGCUAUGCCAUAUGUGAAGGCCUUGUCGCAGUUCAGAGAUGAGGUCCGGAACCUUGCCAUCGGCAAGGCUGACGCCAGCGAAUUCCUCCGUGUGUCUGACACAUUACGUGCCGACCUCAUCAACCUUGGAAUUUCGCUCGAUGAUAGACCCAAUGGAGGAGCACUUGUCAAGUUCUUGAAUGAGCUGGAAAAGGAGGAGUUUUUGAAGCAGCAGCAGGCCAAGGAGCAGCAGGCCAAGGAGAAGGAACUCAAAAAGCAGCAGCAGGCGGCUGCCAAUGCCAAGAAGGAGGAGGAGCGUCUCGCCAAGAUGAAGAUCAAGCCAGAAGAGCUUUUCCAGGACAAGGCGUUGUACUCGGAGUGGGACGAGCAGGGGCUUCCUACCAAGAACGCUGCCGGCGAAGAGGUGACCAAGAGCAUGAGAAAGAAGCUCAUGAAGCAGUAUCAGCAGCAGGAGAAGCUCUACGGGGAGUAUUUGAAGAGUCAGUCGGCAUAA